CUCCCCACCCCCACCCCCCCGCCCCGCCGCGGGAGCGCUCCGCGGCCGCCAUGGCGUCUCCUCCGGGCCCGGGGUCUGCCAACCGCGCGCUCUCCUCAUCGAGGGGGCCGCUCUCGCCCUUCCCCGGCGGCGCGGGCCCGUUCCUCCGGCAUCAACAUCCUCCCGGCGGCGACUCCGACGGCGGCGCCUCGUUCGACGAAGAUGACGACGACGAUGACGAGGAGGAGGAGGAUGGGGAGGAUCAGGACGCCGAGCUGGCGGCCCGCAGCUCGCAGCAGCGACGCGCCGCCUCUCCAGCAAGAAUCGGGCGGCCUGUGGUGAAUGGGGAGAAUGGAGGGAGUCAAAUCCAGGAAGGGCAGCAAUGGCAGCUGUACAGCUGUGGAACCGAGCAGCAUGACCGCGCUUCGUCUAGAGGGGACGAAGAACCUGGUUCUGUUCCCAGGGAGAUGAGGGUGGAGGAUGGAUAUGGGGUUAUUGGGAGAAGAGAGGGAGGCCCUGCAUCUAGCUACUGGGACCUGCUCAGAGCGCACCUUUCGGACCCGUUGACAGGUAUUCUCAUGGACGACGCAAUGAUUCUUUCAUGUGGCCAUUCUUAUGGAAGUAGUGGGAUGCAGCAUAUCUACAGAAUGAAAGCUUGUGGUAAAUGUGGUCAGCCAAUCACCGAGAACUCCAUUCGACCAAACCUGGCUCUUGGCCUUGCAGUCCAGGCAUUUAGACGAGAGGAAGAGUCGGCAAAAACGUUGAAAAGAAAAAGAGACCGCCUGGAACAGGGUUUUGAUUCGAUCCCCCCCGCCGCCGCCGCCGCCUGCCGGAUGGCCAUGGAGAGGGAGCUCAUGGAGACCUUCGAGGCCGCCAAGAAGGCCGCCGCCGCCGCCGCCGAGGAGGCCGACGGCUCCUCCCCCGAGGCCGAGCGCUGCCUCGACGCCCUGCGCCGCCUCCGCGAGUUCCGCGUCAACACCGACGUCCUCGUCUCCACGCAGGUUGGCAAACGUCUUCGGUACCUGACGAAGCACCCUAACUCAGACAUACAGGCGGUGGCUGCAGACCUUUUUGGGUACUGGAAGAAGGUUGUUAUUGAAGAGACAGGAAAGAAAAACGGCACACCAGCAAAUGGAAAAUCAAACAACUCUGCAGCUAAGGCUGAGAAACCUCAGCCCAUGAAGGUUGAAAGGAAGUCAGCGAACGUGAAGGUUGAAAAGAACUCUACGUCGACGACUGUGAAGACUGAAAAGAAUGCAACUGUGAAGACUGAAAAGGAUUCUAUGUCGGCAAGUGUGAAGAUUGAGAAGACUGUGAAUAGUGAUUCCAAAGUCCAAGUUAAGGUAGAGAAGGUUUCAAAGGAAGUUAGCAGAACAUCUGAAACAAAGAAACCAUCUUCUGUUCCAAAUGGUCCCCCAAAGCUGACAUCCCUUGUCAGAUGCAACGAUGCUGCUCGAGAUAAAUACAGGGAGCUUCUUGUUGACGCCUUCGUCAAGGUUUCCAAGGAAACUAGUGAUGAUGACAGAGAGGAAAUAAGAGAUCUCCUGGACCAGGUAAAUGCAUGCGACCCAUAUAGAGUUGCUGUGACAGUGGAGUCGGCGCUGUUUGAGAGGAUAGGGCGUUCCACCGGGACCCACAAGGUGAAAUACAGGUCGAUACUGUUCAACCUGAAAGCCGACAACAACCCCGACUUCCGGCGGAGGGUGCUGCUGGGCGAGGUGAGGCCCGGGAGCCUGGUGGACAUGCCCGCGGACGAGAUGGCGAGCGACGCUCGGAAGCUGGAGAACCAGCAGAUCAAGGAGAAGGCCCUGUUUGACUGCGAGCGCGCGUCGGCGCCCAAGGCGUCGACGGACCAGUUCAAGUGCGGGCGUUGCGGGCAGCGCAAGACGACCUACUACCAGCUGCAGACCCGGAGUGCGGACGAGCCGAUGACGACGUUCGUGACGUGCGUCAACUGCAACAACCACUGGAAGUUCUGCUGAGCGCGGGGGAGCGACUCUGCUGCAACAACUGCUAGCGUGUUUUUCCUGUUAGCGAUGCCGUUUCAGUCUUGACAGGUAGGCUGGUCCGUUUUUUCGUAUGCUUAGGAGGAGACUGUUUUCUUGUGUUGUUUUUUCUGUGGUUAUUAAGAACCCUGAUUUAUUCAGACUGUGUACUAGUUGACCGCAUAAAUGUUGUUCGCUGGAUGAACUCAUGUUGCCUGAUGUAAGUUUUAUGAAAGAGAUUGUUCUGUGGUCGUUAUGUAUA